AUGGAGUUGAUUCUAGGACUGCCUCAUGAUAUAGCCAGUGAAUGCUUGAUCCGCUAUCCUUAUCAGCAGUUCGCUCUCGCUGCUUCAGUUUGCAAGGGAUGGAAGAUCGAGAUAGAGUCGCCUGAAUAUCUGGACGGGGCUCCACUCUCCCACCUAUUCCUGACUUUCCCAAAUGGGCUGCCGUUAGAUUUCGAAUUGACUGCUGUUGGAUCGGAGCUUGUAGUCUUGGAUGUUAUACGUGGCCGGGAGAUUCCCCUGUGGGCCGGGGGCAUCUUCAAGUCUGCCAUGGCUUAUGAUGUAAAGACUGAUAAGUGGAUUAGGAUGUCUGACGUGGUGAAGGGACGCAAAAAUUUUGAGGGAGCCUUUGAAUCAGGCAGAUUCCAUGUCAUUGGAGGGUGCAAUGCCCCUUUUGAAGACGAAGAGGACAAUCUCGAGAGCGAGGAGAUAUUCAAUCCUGUUGCAUGCUGUUGGAACCUCGUUCAAGAGAAUGGUUUAGUAUUGGCCCGGACACUGCAACAAAUUGUGUAG